AUCCAACCCGCCAUGGCCACAAACGCUCAAGCUGUGGCCAACGGCGCUCAAGAUGUGCGGCCCAUGUCAAUGCAUGAGCGCUACAGCCUGAUGCGUCAGAAUGCGGGACACCCGCAUGUGAUCCUGCACGUCGUGGUGUACCCCUCGGCCUCGAUGCCCUCCACCGACGCGCUGGAGCGGCGCGUGGCCGAGCUGCAAGCCGCGCUUCCCAUGCUGUCAGCGCGUGUGGUCGGCGCACACAGCACUAAGCCCGCAUACGUUCCAGGCGUUGCGUGGCCUGCUCCCGCCAUUGUUCACGAGGGGGUCCCGGCAUCGUGCUCCGUCGCGGCAUACAAGACCGCGAUGGAUGAGUUUACCACCAAGAGCGUAGCUAGCGCGUCCACAGGCCCCGAAGCACCGAUGUGGCGCAUCAGGAUGUUCCCCCCCGGGUCAAAUGGGGAGGGAUACCUCACGCUAGCGCUCAACCACCUGCUCAUCGAUGGGCGCGGCUCCACGCUCCUCCUCGCCGCGCUCACCGCGGACCUAGGCUCUCCCAGCCCACUCCAGCCCGAACCCUGGACCGCGCCCACGACCUUUGACGCCACGAUCCCGACCACGCCCUCUCUCCGCUUCCUGCUGCCCAUUGUCUUCCGCGAGCUCCUGCUCCCCAAACUGCCGCGCUUCGUGCAGGAACCUUUCCUCGCCUCUGACCCAUGGCCUGGCGUACGCCCCGGCGAUCCCCUCACGUGCGCAUGGGACAUCCACAUGCUCUCCCUCGACCCCUCGCUCAUUUCGAGGGUCAAGAAGGCGGGCGCGGCGCGGGGCGUGAGCACGCUGCACCCGCUUCUGAAGAUGGCAUACUGCGCCGCAAUGUGGCGCGUCUUCAACGCCAGCGCUCCCCUGCACAUCGCGGUUGAGACGGCGCGGUCCGAGCGCAAAGCUGCGCUGGGCCACGCAGCCAUCACGCACAACUACGUGAGCGCGACGAUGUGGGACGCCACGCUCGCCGGCGACGACAUGGUCUGGGCGCGGACGAAGGAGCUCGCGCAAGCCGUAGGCCCUGCUGGCGUCUUGCCGGGGCGCAUGACUCUCGGCCUGCUCCGCCAUAUACCCGACCCGGAGGUGGAUGAGAGCGCGGCAGGCUUCGACCCCAAGCGUCCUACGGGAUGGGAGAAAUACUUCGUCGAGCGCGCGCAGUCGGGACGGCCGUUCCGCGAUUCCAUGGCCAUGAGCAAUCUCGGACGCAUCGAGCUUCCGCCCGGCGCGAGCGACGCUUGGUGGGGCCAGACGGCGACGCCGUUUGGCAGCGCCAUCAUGGUCAACGUUGUUGGGCACGAGGGCGGCGUGCGCAUCAGCAGCGCGUUCAGGCUCGUUGUAACAACCACCGAGAGCGUUGGGGGCGUCCACGCAACUGUGAGGCGGGUGCUUGAACGCAUGGGCAGCUCAAGCGAGGGCGAGGAUAUCACGCUGGAGGACAUCACUGCCAGUGGGGAUAACAAGGGCUAGACAUAGAACGAAUAAUACAUAGUUGCAAGAUCACAGGUGUACUUCUACAACGAGUU